AAUUUGCAGCUGGGCAUUACAGAGAAUAGGUUAGGUCGAAAAAGAAAAGUACGAUGCAGUACGAUGUACAAAACCGGUGAUACUGAUAAGUGUGGAUGAGACGAGAGUUUUAAGUGUUAAAUACGUGUUUACAUAUAGACACAUGUAUAUAUAAUAGAUUUUAUCAUACAUCUUAAAUUUAAUUUAAUGUGGUAUGAAUAAAAUAUGGCUAGCGGUGUAACUAACGAUGCAACAAUGGGAUUUGACCUAAAAAGUUAUCAGCAGGUGCUGCUCAACAAUGUAUUUGCACAGAAGCUCGAGCAGAAUGAAAAACAAACCAAGACAAUAACAGACUACAAGAACAGGCACCAAAAAGUGAUAGAAGGACUUCAAGUAUAUCCAUUAUCAAUCUCUGAAAACUGUAUGGUGCCUAUCGGCAAGCGGGCGUUCAUGAAAGGAAAACUCACUCAUACAAACGAAAUUUUGGCCUCGUUGGGAGAUGGCUAUUUCGCCAAGUAUAGCGCAUCGCAAGCGAUUGCGCUGUGCAACAGGAGGAUAGCAUGGGCGGACGAAAUGCUAAAAAGUUUAGAAACCGAGAGAAACUUAUAUGAAAUGAGAACAAAUCUUUCAUUGAAACAUGAUGUUUUUGGAGAGGAGGAUAGAAAAGAUAUCAUGGAAUAUUGGAGCGACAGUAAGCUUGAUGAGUGGAGAGUACAACAUAGACAACGUGAGAAGGACUAUCAUCAGAAAUUAGCAAAAUCGAAAGAAAAGACUGAUAUUCGUACUGAGGAAGAUCUUUUCAAGAGACUUGAUGAGUUAGAAAUACAAGAAGAAUUGGAAGACGAGAUUUACAGAUUGGAAGCUGAGCAAAAGAAAUUUUCUGAUGAUUUUGAAUUUUACGAUGACUUGGAAGAUGACGAAGUUUAUGACGAAUCGGAGGAGGACGUAUCUGACUCUGAUCAAACUAAGCAAGAGAUAAUUGAAGAGGAAUUAAAAAAACUGAAAGAUAUCUGGAAUAAUAAACAUACAAACCUGGACACAUCGAAUAUUGGCUCUGAUGCAGUUCAAGAUGAAGUUCUCGAUACGAAUGCUGCAGAAAAUAAGCAGAUCGAUACCUCUGCAAUCCUUACUGCAGAAAAAUUAAGCGAGACUUGUUCACCUGACUCUAGAGAAAUGUCUAAAGACACAAAUACGAAAGAAAGAAGGAGGAUAUCAUUUGCUGAACCAUGUUUCGAAGAUGUCAAAGACAAUGUGGAAGAAGAAAUACCAAUAUCUCAGGAAUCCUGUUCUGUUCCAAAGCAAGAUGAAAGUUCUGAAGAUGAAGACGAUAUCAUUAGGAUUGAAUUUUCACAUUCAUCCCAUGUUCCGGAUAGACUCGAAUCAAAUAGUACGGAAAUACAAAGUCCGACAGAUAUUUAUAAAAUGUUUAACGUUCUCAAGUCUAUUUUGAAAAGAUCACCAAAUGAUAUGAUUCUUGAUCAAGUUCCUCCUUUAAAUGAGGAUAGUGGUACAGAUGUUGAAGAUGAAGAAUAUGUUGAACACUUUGCUUAUAACUCCGUGAUCAAAGAGAAUGUUCAAGAAUGCAAAACGUUAGCAAACGAUGUUCCAAAAAAGAAUGAAAAAAGAAUUCUGAGCAAGUUCAAACUUGAACGAGCUGGAAGAAAGAAGUGACCUGUAAAUAUAUGUAUUGAAAAUAAAGGAUUUAUUUUUGUAAUA